CGCAAAAUCAAGGGAGUUAAAUGAGCAGCGAGAACAGUUUUAGUUCUGAAUAAUCAUCAACAAAGUUGCUGGAUAUUGAUCUAAAACCCUCACGAGCGCCUCGGGAGGGAUUAACUUGGUCCUUUAUUUUUAUCUAACCGGGAGCUUCUAAACACAAAAAGUCCGGCGUUUCGUGAGAAAGCUAAACUGGAUAUGGGGCAAGAAGAACAAUCGCACAACCCCGACUAACAACAUGGUUCUUCAGCGGGCGAUGUUCUGGACUUUAUCACUUCACAUAGCCCUGCCGUGUUUUGCAUCAUUGUUCACAUCUUUGCUAGAACGAUAUUGCGAGAUCUUAUCAUCCUUUUACAACGUUACAGGUGUUUAUUGCAACUCUACAACCGAUGAAAUUGGAACUUGCUGGCCGAGAACUACAGCGGGGCAGCUUGUGGCGAGACCUUGUCCUGAAUCCUUCAAUGGAAUCAAAUACAACACUACAAGAAACGUGUACAGAGAAUGCACUGUAAAUGGAACUUGGGCGUCUAGAAUCAAUUACUCCCACUGUGAACCCAUCUUGAUGGAACAAAAAACACAAGAAAUCCACUAUAAGAUAGCCCUUAUAAUCAACUAUGUGGGUCACUCUGUCUCUACUGGAGUCCUAAUAAUUGCCUUUAUACUCUUCUUGUGCUUAAGGAGUAUUAGAUGCCUUCGGAAUAUCAUUCAUUGGAAUCUGAUAACCACUUUCAUUUUGAGGAAUAUUCUGUGGUUCCUGAUGCAAUUAAUUGAUGCUGAAGUACAUGAGAGAAAUGAGCCCUGGUGCCGUCUUGUCAUAACAAUCUACAACUACUUUGUGGUGACUAAUUUCUUCUGGAUGUUUGUGGAGGGAUGUUAUCUCCAUACAGCUAUAGUGAUGACCUAUUCCACAGACAAAAUGCGCAAAUGGAAAUUUCUGUUCAUUGGAUGGUGUAUCCCUUGUCCCAUCAUUGUAGCCUGGGUCAUAGGAAAACUCUACUACGAGAAUACAGAAUGUUGGAUUGGAAUAGCAGCAGGGCAUCAUAUGGACUACAUUGUUCAAGGCCCAGUGGUACUGGUACUGCUGGUUAACUUUAUCUUUCUCUUCAACAUUGUGAGGAUCCUGAUGACAAAACUGAGGGCAUCAACGACAUCUGAGACAAUGCAGUAUAGGAAGGCAGUGAAGGCAAUUUUAGUUCUGCUACCCCUUCUUGGCAUCACCUACAUAUUGUUCUUCAUCAAUCCAAGCAAAGAUGGCAUCUCACAUUUUGCUUUCCUCUACUUCAAUUCAUUUCUGCAGUCCUUUCAGGGUUUCUUUGUGUCGGUGUUUUACUGUUUCCUGAAUGGGGAGGUGCGCACGGCUGCUAGAAAGAGGUGGCAUCGAUGGCAGGACAAUCACACGCUAAGAGUACGAGUUGCACGGGCUAUGUCUAUACCAACGUCACCUACAAGAAUCAGCUUUCAGAGCAUAAAACAAACAGGUGUUUGAAUCUACAAAUACUGAGAAGUCUUCUUUGUGAAUUUUUCAUCAUUUAUCUUCAACUCUGAAGUGAUUUGUUUGUUUGUGGAUUGUUGUACACAUUUAAAACAUGUGCUGGUGAAUAAGAGAAGCUAACGAUCCAUAUCUCGCCGCCAGUAUUCGAAGCUGGGAAGUGAGAGUGGCCCAGGACAAUGACUGAGGCAGUAUUAAUAGCGCUGCCCACUUAGUGUAUUCCAUGGUCCGGCUCUAACAGAGUUUGUCACAAUCUCAGGCUAAGAAUGACGUCCAGUCCAAAGUUUUAUUCUACCAGGUUUUAUCUUGCAUCACUGAUCCCACAUGCUGAAAUCUGGUUCCCCACUGAAACAUCACCUUGAAUGGCCAACUGUGAAUCCAUAGUGUAAGGAGGAAACGGAGUAAAUCUUCAAGAAAAAUGCCAAACUUUAUUAAUCCAUUGAACAAAAAACACUGAAAGAAUGACUGUUUUCCAAAGCCCAUGCAAUGCUGUCUGCUGGACAGUGCACGCCAAGUGGAAAAAAAAAGACAUCAAAUCUGUCAAAUGAGAUGGUAUGGUAUCCACAGUCAUCAAUGAAGUUGUGUUAAGGAAGAGAAGAAGCUGAAAAUGGAGGAGUGAUUCGUUUCCAUGAACCUGAGGAAGCCCACAAUACUGUACAUGAAUACUGUGAGCAGCAACAUCUUGCUCAAAAAAUUUUACUGAAAGAAGACUGUUUCUAUGCUAUUUCAUUACUAUUAUUUUGAUAAAUGAAUUAGCCCAUGGCUGGUAAAUAUUCAAGUAACCACCUUGCGGUAAUAUUAGUUGUUGAAUUAAUAUUUUCUUCUGUUCAGAGACACGGGCUCUUGGAAAACCUAACUGCAGCCCUUUAUUUAACACUAAAGCUGAAAUAGUUUACUAUGUGGAGCCAAUCCAGUGACUAUGUACUUGGUGUUGAGACCUAGCCAGAGUGGUCAGACCUUGAUUACCAGCAGCGUAGAACAACCACAUCAGCGAGGAUACCUAUUUUUGGCAACUAACUAGAUACAAGGUCACCUCGUUAUAAAGGCUACUGACUGUACAGCCAUUCCCCAAACAAGGUGACUGUGAUAGAGGGUUUGUUUUACAUUUGAGGUUUAGUGUCAUGCUCCUUUAAUGAAUUAAAUCCCAUACAGUUGAGCAAUGUUAAAAAUAGCUUGUUAAACACAAUGUUAAGAACAUUUAUACCAAACAUGCUAUGAUAUUUAGGCAGCAGUUUCUUACAUUUAUAUUUUCAUGUACGUUUCUAAGUUUAUGACAGAGUGUAGCGGGAUCACAGCAUCUUAGGGAAUAAUAUGCACCAUUGCAUCCACGCUUUACAAAUCGAGUAAUCCACAUGGCAAUCAGCAAUUCUUCUUGAAGCUAAUUUAAGCACCAAAGUGUGACUUUGAAAAAUGCAAGUGCUAUCUUGCUGAUUCCUGGCUGAGCUGAGAUCAGAACAACCUUUCUCUUAACUCUCACAGGAUUUCAAGUUUUGUAAUCACAUCCACUUAGCCUGUUCCUCCUGCCUAAGGAUAAAUUUAUCUGAAUUUAGCUGUUCUUGCUUCUUUGAAAUGUAGCUUCCUUUCAGAGCAAGUUAAGAACAUUGGCCUAGAAAUUCAUUAACCUCUUUAAGCACACACUGAAGGGUAAUUAUAUGGUGCACAAACAACAAACAAAAAUGUUGAUUCAGAGACCAAAACCAAGAUGUGAGAUAAAACAGUGCUGGAAAAACUCAGCAGGUCAGGCAGAAUCUCUGAAAAGAGAAACACAGUUAAUAUUUCAGGUCAGGAUUCUUCGUCUUUUCCAUUUCCAUAGAUGCUGCUAGACUUGCCGAAUAAUUCCAGAAUGUCCUGCAUCUGUCAAUGUUUGGUUUUCAGUGACUUAGCGUGGGUUGUAGUCCAGACCUGAGGGAGAUCUUAAAAAGAGGCCCUUCAGGGGGAUUGGGUUAUAAGAAGAUAAGGACAUACUGUACCUGAGAACUGAUAUAAAAUGCAUGGAGAAUGAGAGCUAGGAGCAAUGCAGGGAUCGUGUAAGUAGAGCUGGGUGAUUUAGAAUUUUUGAUGGGGUGUUUGGGGGUUCAUGGUGCUGAUAGGGAGGCAAGGCAAAGUUGGGUUGGGGUGAGGGGAGCAGAUUAGAUGUUCGAUGUUCAAUGUUCAACCACAGGAACUCACUGUUGAUGGGUUCUCAGCACUGGGCUUGGACCCUACUCUAAGAGGUCUUCUCCAGAUUGGACCUGCUUGCUCUAAGAGGUUUUCUCCAACCAGUCUGAAAACUUCAUUUCAAUGGCAUAUACACCUCAAAAUAACCUGAUGUCACCCUGUGUGUAACUGAUAGAGAUAGUGUCAGACCCACAAGGUAAUUUGUGGCCUGGAAUGCACAAGCAAAUUCACAGUGUGACACAAUACAACCAUUCACAUUUCACUGUCAAAAUACGUGACUUUUAAACACAUUGCAUUGAAAAUAGAGCCAAAUUUCUGGGCCACCAUUUUAUUCCAUAUGUCCAUGGUAUAUCUGACCAGAGAGUGAAUGAUUGAUCAUCCAUUAAGUAGAAAAUAGUUUAAUUCCCUAAUAUCAAAUUAUAAAAGCACAGAGGUACAGUAUAUGCUCCGAAAUAUUUCUAUAUUGUCACUAACUAGGUUAUCGGGUGGAUCAAGGUUGUUUGUACCUCUGAUCAGUGUCUUCAUUCAGCCACACGGAAUUAAUGUUUUAGGGAUCAUACCUCAGUAAGUUAACCUUCUGAAUCAAUUUAUGUAUUAAUUCCUUAUCAGUGAAGAAAACCAAAAGCAAUUUCACAAUGUUCACUUCUAGCUCUCCCAUCCCACUACCCUAAUCUGCCUCUCAAAUCUUCUUCAUGCAAAUCACAUAUGUUGCAUUUUUGUCCUGGCCAAGUAACACAAUGCUCAUUGUGUCUCACAGAGCAUUUCAUCAAUGCCAUCUGUACCUAUCCAGAGCACCUCCAGUUACAUUCCUUAACAAAUGCUUAUCCAUCUUCCUUUGAAAGGAGUUAAUGACACAACCUCAAAUGUUUCUGACUGUGAGUCUCAUUGAGAAAAGCUGAUACUUUCUGAAAAAGAAGCCAGAGAUUUCCUUGGAAUGUCUCACCAUCUCCUGUUCCUUCUUUGCUAGAAACCCAUUUACACAGGAACAUGGAAUUUUGAUCCUACUUCAAGAAAAGUUAAGACAUAAGAGAGAAAGCAGUUCCAUGGAUUCAAAGUUUCUUUGAACUUUGCUUAUUUUAAAUGUGGUCCUAUGUUGAUAAAGUCAAGUUACUCAGUGCAGUUGUGUUUCUAAGAGAUAUGAUUUGUACAAACUAUUUGUCAUGUAAUUAUGAUUUUACCUUAAUUAUACUGUAUAAGAUUGGGGAAGAAAGAAGAUGGGAAAUCUUAUGAAAAAGAUGUAUAUUUUUGGUGAUAAUAUAU